AUGGAGACGAGGUUGACUCUAACCGCCCAGUUCAUCAGUGACGGCCGUGCUCUCGGGUAUGAUGGUGAGAGGUUGGAGAGGUAUGUGGCAGAGCAGAAGGUUGAAUACGAGAGAGCCAAGAAGGAGGAGUUUGAACGAGAGACGGCUAGGCUUGAGCGAGAGGAGAGAUUGAAGAAAGAGGCGAAGGCAGAAGAGGAGAGAUUAAGGAAAGAUGCGCAGGCUGAGGAGAAAGUCAGACUUGAGCGUGAAGAGAGGUUGAGAAGAGAGGCGAAGGCGGAGGAAGAGAGGUUGAGAAGAGAGGCGAAGGCGGAGGAAGAGAGGUUGAGAAGAGAGGCGAAGGCGGAGGAAGAGAGGUUGAGAAGAGAGGCGAAGGUGGAUGAAGCCGCUAGACAUGAACGGAGGAGAAGGCUAGGCGUGAGGAACACGAGAGGUGGAAGGAGAGAGAUGCUAGAGAGUAGCUCAAGAGAAAAGAUGAACUGGAGUUGGCACGGCUUAAAGAGAAGUCGGCGCCAGAGACAGGUGCAGUGGUAG